CUCAACUCUCUCCCCCCCGACAGCCCCUCUGGUCCCCUGCUUUCUUGCUGGCAUUGACUUGUCAAGCAUCGAGGUCUUCCUUGGACUGCUCCCCCUUCUCCUCUUACCGUGUACAAAGAUCGUCUCCGCGUCUCUCUCCGGCCCGCCUUCUUUGUGUGUGUCUGAAUUGCAGAAGACUACAUAGCCAACAAUUCGCCACCGAGUUCUAAACCACCAACCAUUCAUACAAGCCUGUCAUUGUUUGGCUAUACCAAAACACCACGAGCUCGUUUCGUUUUCGAUUGGAAUUCUAUUCCUUGACUCGCGGAUCGAAUUGAAUUCAUCCUACCCGACUUAUUAAACCCCGCGCAUUUACGUCCAAUCGCUGCACGAGCUCGAGCUUUGUUGCAUUGCUUUUCGGAGAACAAACGAUAUCAAUUCAAAGAAAGAUCAUUUCGAUAUGGCAGCUCCGACGCAGCUUUCUUACCGCACGGUGAAGGGACUUGGCAUCUUAGAUGCUACCCCUGUCUAUGAGUCCCUGUCGGGGUUUGAGAAACCUGAGGGAAACAUCCGCUGUAGCGCCUAUUCUCCCUGCGGCCGUUAUUUCGCCUUCGCUUCUCCCGAUAAGGUCACCGUCGUCGAUCCGUCCGUCGGUCAUGUCAUCUCCACCAUCGCCGCCGAGAACGUCUUCGAACUGGGUUUCUCCCCCCUGGGCACCUACCUGAUCACCUGGCAGCGUCCCUCGAAGGAUGGAAACGGCGACGCCGUCAAGAACCUCAAGGUGUGGCAGGUCGUGAAUGAGAACAUCGUGGUCGGCAGCUAUGUCCAGAAGUCCCAGACCGGCUGGAACCUGCAGUAUACCGCGGACGAGAAGCUCUGCGCGCGCGUCGUCACCAACGAGGUCCAGUUCUACCAGAGCGAUGACCUGUCCAAGCCUUGGAACCGCUUGCGCGUCGAAGGUGUCGCCGAUUUUGCCCUGUCCCCGGGCAAGACCAAUUCGGUGGCUGUGUUCAUCCCGGAGCGCAAGGGUCAACCCGCCGCAGUCAAGGUGUUCGUCGUGCCGAACUUUGCCUCCGCCGUUUCCCAGAAGAACUUCUUCAAGGGAGACAAGGUCCAAUUGAAGUGGAACGCGUCGGGUAACACCCUGCUGGUGCUGGCGCAAACCGAAGUCGACCGCUCCAACAAGAGCUACUACGGAGAGACUACCCUGUACCUCCUGGGUGCCAGUGGCGGUUUUGAUUCUCGCGUGGAACUGGACAAGGAGGGCCCCAUCCACGAUGUGUCCUGGUCCCCCAACUCCAAGGAGUUCGGCGUGGUGUACGGCUACAUGCCCGCCCGCACCCGCAUCUUCAACUUCCGCGGCGUGACGCAACAUGACUUCCCCAUGGCGCCGCGGAACACCAUCCUGUUCUCGCCCCACGGCCGGUUCGUCCUCGUGGCCGGAUUCGGCAACCUGGCGGGCCAGAUGGACAUCUACGACCUGGAGAAGAACUACGCCAAGGUGACCACCGUCGAGGCCGCCAACUCCAGCGUGUGCGCCUGGUCGCCGGACGGACAGUACAUCCUGACGGCCACCACCAGCCCCCGUCUGCGCGUGGACAACGGCCUCCGCAUCUGGCACGUCAGCGGCGCGCUGGUGUACAACGAGGACAUGCACGAGCUGUACGACGUCUGCUGGCGCCCGCAGUCGACCAUCCAGCACCCGCUGGGUGAUCCCUUCCACCCGCUCCCGGUGCCCCACCCGUCGGCGACCGCCUACCUGAGCACCCGCAAGGCCCCCGUCAAGCCGGCCGGCGCGUACCGGCCUCCGGGCGCCCGUGGUCAGGUCACGCCCUUGGCCUUCAAGCGCGAGGACCAAGGCGGGUCUGCCUUCGUGGCCGGCAGCGCCCCUGCUGGAGCCGUGAACGGUUUCGGCAAGCCGCGGAGACGCGACGUGCCAGGCGCUGAUCCGGCCGAGUUUCUGCCUCCGGGAGCCGCUCCUGGAGGCGGCGUGGCCCUGCCCCCUGGCGCGGACCACCCGGAGAAGCUCUCCAAGUCGGCCGCGCGCAACAAGAAGAAGCGCGAAGCCCGUAAGCUGCGCGAGGGCGAAGAGGGCGUCGCCGAGACGUCGCCCGACCGCCGCGGCGAGAAGAACAGCAACGACAAGGGCCACGAGCGAAGCCGGUCCAAGGCGCAAGGCCAGAAGUCCGGCCCGCCAGCCAAUGGCACCCCCGCGCCCGCGCCCCCUCCCCCCGCCAGGGAACCCACCCCGCCGCCCGUCGAGGAAGGUGUGCCCUCGGCGCACGAUAAGAAGAUCCGCGGCCUCUUGAAGAAGAUCCGCGCGAUCGACGAGCUGAAGAUGCGUCUUGCGGGCGGUGAGAAGCUGGAGGAUACGCAGAUGAAGAAGAUCCAUACGGAGGAGUCUGUGCGGAAGGAGCUGGAGGGGUUGGGAUAUUCCGGAUAGAUCAUCCAUCUUUGACGCCUGACUUUCUUUGUCAAGAGGUGGGAUAGGACGGAGGGUUGGUUCAAGUAUGAGUGAGAAUAGGCUCGUCUGGACUGGACUGGGUUGCCGCCUAUGCAUAUGUAUAGUCAGUUGUUGGUGGUGACCUGACUGUCCGGACUGGCUGGUUCUCGCUCUUACAUCUUGUGAUUGACGUUCAUGACCUAUCCUCUCUGUCAAGAAUAGAGGAAGAGCGGUAAAAGUGGAGGUAGAAGUAGAAGUAGAUGGAGUUGAGAAGGAUGUAUGUAUGCAUGUAUGUAUAUACAUUGGAGAGAAAAUAGUAGAAGCCACCCAC